AUGCAUGGCUACUACUCCGACCUCCUGGGCCGGGCCCACGAGACCCACUGCGCUUUCGACCUUGGCCAGCUCUACUCCACCGCUCGCCGCGUCGAUGUGCCGCGCCUCGUGACCCAGUUCUCCGCUGCAGAGCUCAAGGCUGCUGCUCUUGGACUGGACCGCACCAGCGUCCCCGGCCCCGACGUGUUGGGGCCCAGCUUCUUCCAUGCUUCCUGGCACGCCAUCGGGCCGGACAUGCUGCGUCUCGCCGAGGGUUUCCAUGCCGACAUCGUCAACCUCGACAGAAUUAACCGUGCUCAUGUCGUCCUGCUGUGGAAACGCGACGGCGUGCUCCCUCCCAGCGCGUUACGCCCCAUCUCGAUCGCUGGCGUGAUCGACGUCGACCAAUCUGGCUUCAUCGUCGGGCACAUCAUCUCGGAGAAUUUCGUCUAUGCGACGGAAAUUGUCCAAUGCUGCUUCAAGGGGGCUGCUCCAACCCUCGUCCUCAAGCUCGACUUUGCCAAAGCGUUUGACUCCAUCGACUGGGGCAGCUAG